ACCAGAAAACAACACACCACUGAAUGCUGGGAGAGAAAGUGUAUCCCCUUCCCUACAGUCCCAAAUCAGUCCUACGGAGAUCAGCUCUGCGAGGCUGUGCAGCAAGACUUCCACGUUCUGUCUCAACUACAUACAGGUUACAGCAAGGCACUGCAUCUGGAUAUUGCCUUUUAUCAAGAUUUUCUGUAAUUUCUAAUGGCUACUGGACGGGAUAAAGUGAUUCACCUCUUGAGGCAACUGCAGAGAGCUUCAUGCAAGUGUCCAGCCCAUUCUCAUACUUACUCUCAAGCUCCAUCAUCUCAGAUUACAACAGACUAUGCAUUUGAGAUGGCUGUUUCCAACAUCAGAUAUGGAGAAGGUGUUACCAAGGAAGUGGGCAUGGAUUUACAGAAUAUGCUUGCGAGGAAUGUGUGUGUGAUGACUGACAAGAAUCUGGCCCAGCUUCCACCAGUCAAAGCUGUGAUAAAUUCACUCACAAUGAAUGGCAUCAACUUCUGCUUGUAUGACAACGUUAAAGUGGAGCCGACAGAUAAGAGCUUUAUGGAUGCAAUACAGUUUGCCAGGAAAGGGUCAUUUGAUGCCUAUGUUGCUGUUGGAGGUGGCUCUGUGAUAGACACCUGUAAGGCUGCUAACCUAUAUGCUGCUAGCCCAGAGUCUGAUUUCCUGGACUAUGUUAAUGCCCCCAUUGGAAAGGGAAAACCAGUGACCGUGACUCUGAAACCCCUCAUUGCAGUCCCAACUACCUCUGGAACCGGAAGUGAAACCACAGGGAUUGCCAUCUUUGAUUAUGAAGAACUUAAAGCUAAAACAGGUAUUGCAUCUAGAGCCAUUAAGCCUACCCUAGGUCUUAUUGAUCCGGAGCACACGUUACACAUGCCAGAGAGAGUGGUGGCCAAUAGUGGAUUUGAUGUAUUGUGCCAUUCACUUGAGUCCUACACAGCAAUCCCUUAUAAUAUGCGCAGCCCCUGCCCUACCAACCCAAUCAACCGCCCAGCUUACCAGGGAAGCAACCCCAUCAGUGAUGUCUGGGCCAAACAUGCCUUGAGGAUUGUGUCUAAGUACUUGAAACGAUCUGUAAGAAAUCCAGAUGACCGCGAAGCUCGUUUCUCUAUGCAUUUGGCAAGUUCAUUUGCAGGAAUCGGCUUUGGGAAUGCGGGGGUACAUCUCUGUCAUGGGAUGUCCUAUCCAAUUGCAGGAAUGGUGAAGAAAUACAGAGCAAAAGAUUACAAUGUGGACCACCCACUAGUGCCUCAUGGACUUUCAGUUGUGCUCACAUCCCCGGCUGUAUUCUCCUUUACCUCAGCCAUGUGUCCGGAGCGGCACCUGGAGGCAGCAGAGAUACUUGGGGCUGACAUCCGGACUGCCAAAAUCAAAGACGCUGGGCUUAUCUUGGCAGACACAUUACGGAAAUUGCUAUUUGACCUGAAUGUUGACGAUGGCCUGGCAGCUGUGGGGUAUAAUACAGCAGAUAUUCCUGCUUUAGUGAAAGGAACUUUACCUCAGGAACGAGUCACAAAGUUAUCCCCUCGUUUGCACUCAGAAGAAGACCUCUCAAGGUUAUUUGAAGCCUCCAUGAAACUUUAUUGAUCUAGAUUACUGCUGACGCAUUUAUUACUAGGGUACAGACAAUUUAUUACUGAAUAAUGGGCCUAAUUCAGUAAGGAUUAAAAAUUCUGCUAAUUAGCAGAGUUUGCAAUCAUUUUCCUAGCAUACUGGGAGCCGCCCAUUGCAGGGCAAGGCUGCCCAGGAGGCUGACUGCCGCCAACCCCAACCCCCCCUCCCUCCCGAUCGCCUCGCAAUUUCUGCUUCAUCAUAGAAAUUAGUGAAGCCUCCUGACGGCUCAGCUUAGCUGCGCCCGCAGGAGGCCCGCCGCCAUUUUCACGAUCGCGGCGGCUGCGUGUGACAUCAUGCAGAUACCGUGAUCAUGCCCCCGACACGCCCCCGUUGCCGCCACCCCCUGCCCCGCGACAGGCAGAGGCGAUCACAUUUUCUGCGGGCAUAGGACAGGCGCUGCGCAUGCGCCCGUGGGGUGAUCGUAAUAAUUCCGGUUGGAUCGCAAUUUGCGAUCCAACCUGAAUUAGCCACAAUAUCACAUUUAUAUAUCUGGUGAAAUGUAUGCAAUAUUUUUUAAGAUUCUCUGGAGCAGAAGGUGUAAUAUUUUCUGUAUGUCAUCAACUUAAAAUUGAAUGAAAUAAAUAAACAGCUUUUCCCUAACAA